UUAGGUAUUCCUAACCCACAGGAAUGGCCGGGAGAGUUAGGUCAAGGAGUUACUGUUCCCGAAGACCAAGAGACUUAUGAUAAAUACUUUAAAGUACAACAGUUUAAUAUAUUGGCGAGUGAUAGGAUUGCUUUGAACCGCACUUUAAAGGACUCUCGAAUGGAAAGUUGUCUAACGAAACAAUAUGCAAAUGAAUUGCCAAAUGCAAGCGUUAUAAUAGUCUUCCACAACGAGGCCUUUUCAACACUCAUUCGCACUCUUCAUAGUGUUAUUAAAACUUCAUCUAAUCUUCUGUUGGAAAUCAUUUUAGUGGACGACUCUUCCACUAAAGUUUACUUAAAACAACACCUCAACCAUUAUGUAAGACAACUAUCGGUGCCAAUGAAAAUCAUACGUAUGGGCCGCAGAUCUGGUCUCAUUCAGGCCAGACUUUUGGGCUCAGCUCAUGCCAAGGGACAGGUACUUGUCUUCCUUGACUCUCACUGUGAAUGCAAUGAGGGAUGGCUCGAGCCCUUACUCGACCGGAUAGCUGAUGACCGAACUCGUGUCGUUUGUCCCAUAAUCGAUGUGAUCGAUGAAAACAAUUUUGCGUACAAUACAGCAAGUGAUAUGACAUACGGAGGAUUCAAUUGGAAGAUAGGGUUUCGUUGGUAUAGCGCACCCGAUAGAGAGCUUAUAAGAAGGAAUAACGACCGAUCCCUACCUCUCAGAAGUCCCACUCUUUCGGGUGGACUCUUUGCAAUCGACCGACAGUUCUUUGAAUACAUUGGCAAAUAUGACUCCAAAAUGAUUAUAUGGGGCGCAGAGAAUCUCGAGUUUAGUUUUAGGAUAUGGAUGUGUGGAGGAAGUAUAGAAAUCGUCACCUGUUCCAGAGUUGGGCACGUAUUUCGAAGCAAAACUCCGUAUACCCUUCCCGGGGGAAGUAAUUACAUUGUGUGGCACAACACCGCAAGAUUGGUUGAUGUCUGGUUGGAUGAGUGGAAAGAAUUCUUUUAUGCCUUACAUCCCGGCGCCCGACUUAUAAGACGUGAAAGUAUCGACGAAAGGGUAUUAUUUCGAAAGCAACGAAAGUGUAAAUCAUUUAAAUGGUAUUUAGAUAAGAUAUACCCUGAGUCUCAGUUGCCUCAAGACUACAACUUUUUGGGAGACAUACGAAAUAUGAACAAAGAAGACCUCUGUUUGGAUACUUUGCACACCGAAGAGGGAACUCUUGUGUUGAAUGAUUGUUCAUUGAAUAAAAAUGAACAAAUAGUUUAUAACCAACUAUUUAUUUAUACGAAACAAAAUCAAAUACAAAACGAUGAAAAUUGUUUAGAAAGCAUUAACGAAAAAGUUUCGAUGAGAAGUUGUAUAGAUAGUGAUGUUUAUCAGAAAUGGAUAUAUGAUACCAAUAGUCUUACAUUAACUCAUGAGUUUACUAAUUUGUGUCUAGAUAUCAGUGACCACGCUCAAUUAGUAGUAAAAGAAUGCGAAGGCGACCAAAUAAGUCAAAAGUGGUUUUUUCGCGACAACUUUCAGUGGCAAUCGUCCGCACAUUUACACCAAUCUAUCAAUAACUCUAUGACUGAGCAU